AUGGGCCGGAAAAGAAAGUCCACUCGACGUAUGAGGGAGUCUGAUGAUUCAGAGCAUAGUGAAUCAGGUUCACUAGUGCGAAGAAGGCAUAAGUCGCGACGACGCUAUAACAAGUCGCAAACUCGUGAUUCAUCGAGUGGCUCUGAUGUACCGCGACACUGUAGAGUAUCAAAGAAGCGCCGUAAAUCCAGGAGGUAUUCUGAAACGCCUCAAAGGCGUACUGUACCGCGGGGUCAUAAUGGUACCCCGGAUCCUGGCACAACUCAAAGGCGUAAUGUAUCACGGGGCCGUGAUGUUACUCGAGAUCCUGGCACGCCUCCAAGGCGUGAUGUAUUGCGAAACCAUGAAGAGUAUCAAAAUCCUGAGGAGCUGCAAAGUACACACCUUCUUCAAAAUGAAUAUGCAGCGGGGACGUCACAGCCUGCUACUAUACCAGCAGUAACACCAACCGUGAGUGCACCUCAAAUUAAUGUUAGUACUGACUUUAAUGCUAACGUUUUAGCCUUGGCCUUCAAGGAGCUUAUUCAGACCAUGAAAACAGAUGGGGAACCUGAUAAACUAUUAGUCUAUUUAAGGAAUGUACGAUUAACUAGGAAGCCUGAGAAGCCAAGUCCAUCCAUGCAAGCAGGUAAUAAUGAGAAUAAACAAUCCCGAUCGUUCAAGUCUAAUCAGAAUACGUCUGACGUUAAAAAUAACAGAUCUUAUAGGCUCACUAAAUGUUAUAAUUGUAAGGAAGAAGGACAUCCAUAUUUUCUUUGUAAGAAACCAAUCAUACGCUGCGAGAGUUGCCAUAGAAUUGGUCAUGUAUCUAAUAAUUGUCCGGGAAAAACUGACUCCAAAGCCAACGAAAGCAAUAGUAAAACAGUUUUACGUAUUUCGAAACAACAAGAUAACGAAUCGAAAUAUUUCAAAGUUGCCAAAGUUAAUGGUCAAAAUCUUGAUUGCUACGUUGAUUUUGGAAGCCAAUGUACCAUGUUAAGAGAAUCUUUUGCAAGAAAUUUUGUCAGUACUUGGUCAGUAUCAGAAUUACCAGUUAUAAGAGGAUUUGGAGAUAGUAUAGUGAAUUGUUUAGGCAAAUUUGUUGUUGAACUAGAGAUAGAUUCGGUCAAAGCUUCCGUAGAGGUACUUAUCGUACCAGACCAUCUAUUACAAGUACCUUUGUUAGUUGGGCAAACAUUUACGGAGCAGGAACACAUAGUUGUUUAUAAAAACAAAAAUCAAUUGAAAAUAUCCACUUACCCAACAACCAGUGUUCAAUUGUAUGUUAAAAAUUCAGUAACGGUAAAAGGAUUUACUGUCUUAGAUGUUUAUUCUAAACCAGAUUACACAGGUGACUUAUUUAUUGAACCGAGUCUUUGCCAAGACCCCCAAAACCCGUACGAAAUCUCACAGAGCAUAAUUCGCGUAACUAAUAGUCAUGGUAAUAUUGUUAUAAAGGGACUUGACCCUGAGUUUGUUUUAACGAAAGAUAUGUUGUUGCUUCGAGCAUUGCCUUUAACUGAAUUGAAAUUUGAGUCGCUAAAUGUUAGUAAAAUUGAACACUGCCCUGAUAAUAAUAAUAUAUUCAGAAUCGAAGCAGAGACUAUACAAGUGGAUAAUUCAAUUGGUCCUGAUAACCCCGAUAACUUGUGGGACGAAUGUGUAUCUGAAAUUCAAUGGGGACUGAAUAAUACUCAGAAUAAGGGUACGGGAAAGAGCCCCGCACAGGCAUUAUUUGGUCUGGACUUGGUAGGUACGUCAGGCUCUUUAUUGCAACUUAGUGUUACAGAUAGUGCUGAUAAUGUUGAUACUCCUAUAGAAGACAUAAGGAGAGAGAUGACAGAGCAAAUAAGAGACAAUCAAGAUAAACAAAAGCAACGGUUUGACAAAAUUAGGAAGGAAGUUACAUAUAAUAUAGGUGACCUAGUCAGAAUAGAAAGAGAAAUUUCAUCAACCGGUAACAGUAGAAAAUUAAUCCCAAAACUUAGAGGUCCGUAUCGUAUAAAAGAAGUUUUAGAUAAUGAUCGUUAUGUUGUUGAAGAUACGCCAUUAUCCAGGAAGGGUAACAGAAAUUUUAGUAGCAUUUUCUCUGUAGACAAAAUUCACCCUUGGAUGGUUUUUAAUAGAGCAGACACAGAGUCUGAAACUUCUAAUAAUGAUGAUGCUGACGAGUUAGAAGUAAGA